AUGGGGGAGGCGGAGCCCGCAAACGGUGGAGGAAAAGACGGUCAGCUGUCCGAACUCGAGAACCGCAGGCCUUCCGAACAGAGUCCACGGUCUCAGAAAAACGUCAGCCCGUCAGAGGAUGACGAUUUACUCUCAGAGGAAUAUGUCUUCGAUGACGAGAGCGACAUCGGCGUCGACGUCGUCUCUGCAGAGGUCCAGUCGAUCGAACAAAGAAAAGGUUCUCAAGUUCUCUUCCGAGCUCUCACGCCUGAGGAGCUGCGCUUGCGCAUGCACGAGAUUCUCCAGGAAUCCACCGAGCUCCUUGGUGUCGACGAAGAGGUUGCUUCGCUCCUGCUGAGAACGUACCGAUGGCACGCCGACGACCUCAUUCAAGAGUGGUACUCCGAUCGCGGGGCCGUCUUGAAAAAGUCGCGCCUACCUCCCCCACAGGACACAGAUGACGGGGACUGCUCUCCUUCCUCUUCUUCUUCCUCUCCCUCCUCUUCCUCCUCUUCCUCCUUUUCUUCCUCCUCGUCUUCCUCUUCUUCUUCCGAAAUGUUUGAGUGCCCAAUCACGACGUUGGUGGUCCCCUUUAGCGAAACUUCGGCGCUCCCUUGCGGCCAUCGCUUUGCAAAUGAGUGCUGGAGGAUGUACCUGGAAGCGGCGAUCUUAGAAGGACCGGAGAGUGCCGUUGAUAAACGGUGUCCGCUGUACAAGUGUGGCGAGGUCGUGCGCGAUGCGUUUUGGCGGCGUUUUUUGUCGCCGCAAAGUUUCGAGCGCUUCCAAGAUUUCCAGAUCCGCCUCCUGGUGGAAAGACACCCGGCGUUGAGUUGGUGUCCGGCGCCUGGGUGCUCCAUGGCCGUCGAACUUCUUCGCGAGCACACCGUGGGCGUCGCUUCCCCGCUCCUGUCUCCUCCGACCUCGUCUUUUUGCGAACGCACGGACAACCCAGACAUCUGCGAUGCUGCAGCCGCUGCAGCCCGAAACAUCCAAUCCAACGCCUUGUCGUCUCCUUCCUCUCCUUCCUCUUCUUCUUUCUCUUCGUCUUCCUUUGCGUUCUGUAGCUCCGGCGGGCGUCUUCAAGGCGGCGACGUGUGCUGUUCGUGCGGCACGCGGUUCUGCCUGUACUGCAGCGAGGAACCGCACCGUCCAGUGCCGUGCAACAUCAUCAAGAGCUGGAAUUUGAAAAACCAGAGCGAAGCAGAUAACAUGACGUGGAUCCUCGUCCACACGAAAAACUGUCCAAAGUGCAAGCAGCCGAUCGAGAAGAACCAGGGAUGCAUGCACAUGACUUGCCGCUGCGGCUUCGAGUUCUGCUGGCUCUGCCUCGGCGACUGGAAAAAACACCAAACCAGCAACUUCUACAGAUGCAACGUCUACGAACAAAGACCGCCCGACCCCAGCGAAGAAAAACGCAAAAAGGCCAAAGAAUCGCUCGAAAGAUAUGCCCACUUCUUCGAAAGGUAUAGGGCCCACUCGCACGGCCAGCGGGUGGCGGCGGAGAAGCAGAUGGCGCAAGUGAACAAGCAGAUGCGGAUUUUGUUGCAGCGGAGUUUGCGGGAUAUUUCCGAAGUGGAGUUUCUCGAGGAAGCUGUGAAGCAAAUCAUCGAGUGUCGGCGGAUCUUGAAGUGGUCCUACGCGUUUGGGUACUUUGCAGACUGGCCCGAAGCGCGCCAUAAACACCUCUUCGAGUACCACCAGGGACAGCUGGAGCGCAGCCUCGAUCUGCUGCAAGAGAAAACCGAGACGUUCGACGCUGACGACUUCCUCGGCGAGAGUCUGCUGAGGUUCCACGUGUUCAAGGCCGAACUGAUCGACCUUACCCGCGUCAUUGGCGGAUUCUUCCGGAAAAUCUGCAACGUCUUCGAAGACGAAUUCUGUACCUAA